CCCUGCCCUUCUCUCACUCCUCUCCCUGCUCUCUCGUCUCCUCGCAGCACCAGCUCGAUCAUCACAACACUGCUACACCUGGCUAGCUAAGCCAGGAAAGCUCCAACGUCCCCGUACAAGCUCGCCAUUGCCAGCAUCAUCGCUUUGGGUUUGCAAUGCCGGAGGUGGAGGUGUCUAGCCCGGCGUCGUCCGGGGGCACGUCAUCCUCGCCGCCGCUGUCGCCGACGGAGGUCGGGGCGAGGCGCGGCGGCGGCAGCGGCGGGCCGGAGAAGCGGGCGCGGGCGCGCGACCGGGACGGCGGCGAGAAGCACCCGUCGUACCGCGGCGUGCGGAUGCGGGCGUGGGGCAAGUGGGUGUCGGAGAUCCGGGAGCCGAGGAAGAAGUCGCGCAUCUGGCUCGGCACGUUCCCGACGCCCGAGAUGGCGGCGCGCGCGCACGACGCCGCCGCACUCGUCGUCAAGGGCCCCGCCGCCGUGCUCAACUUCCCGGAGAUGGCCGCCGCGCUCCCGCGCCCCGCCUCCGCCGCGCCGCGCGACGUCCAAGCCGCCGCGGCGCGCGCGGCGGCCAUGGAGCCCGCCCUGCCGCCUGCCGGUCCCGCCGCCGCAUCGUUGCAGACGCCCGCCCCAGCGGCGGCCGGGCAGCAGCAGGACGAUGAGCUGGAGGCGAUCGUGGAGCUCCCGCGGCUCGACGAGGACGCCGCGGAGCUCGUGACGACGGUGACGGCGUUCGGCGCCGCGCCGUUCUCUUUCCACGACGUGGCGACGCCGGCGUCGUGGUGCGACCCGGUGUGGGUCGACGACGCCUCCGGCUACGUGGCGGCGGCGCACGACGACCUCUUCGGGUUCGUCGACGGCGAUCACGGCUGGGCCCAGUCGGUCGGUGCCCUCCUGUGGAACAUGUGAUUGCUGGCCGGUCUGCUAAUCAUCAACAAAUCAGCUAGUAGUACAGUGUGUAAUUAACUCCUGUUAAUCUCCUUCACUCCUUGAUCUUCUUUCUCUCUCUCUCUCUGUCUCUGCAGAAUCUGUAGAUAGAGAGUUGCAACUUGGUAGAGAGUAUUACUACCUCUGGAACAAAAAAGUUGCAACUUGGUGCUCUCUGGGGGUUGAAUAGUGGUGUCCGUCGUCUCUCUUUCCGGCGUACGGUCUUUUCGUUGCCUUUUUGGUCGGUUUGGGACUCUUGUCUUCUGAAUUUGUCUCUCUUUCUCCUCCUCUCUCUUUUCCCCCCCUCCAAUGGGCGCUGCUAUUAUUCGCCUGAUUAAUAAGAGUGUACAUCCAUCCAUGCAAUGCAAUCGUCGGUUUGGCAUCAAUUUAACCGUCACCUUCAA